AUUGCUGUUACACUGGGACAAGCUGGUCUUUUGAAGGAACUUCUGAACAUAAUUGAGUGCAUGAGGCAGAAACCUUCUAAAAGAACUAAAAAUAUGCGUCACAAGAAGUGGGAGCCAAUGCUUGAACCUGAUAUUGUUGUAUAUAAUGCUGUUCUGAAUGCUUGUGUUCCACUACAUCAAUGGAAAGGGAUUUCGUGGGUGUUUGAUCAGUUGAGAAAGACUGGUCUGAGACCUAAUGGAGCAACGUAUGGACUUGCAAUGGAGGUAAUGUUGCAUUCUGGGAAGUAUGAUUUGGUCCACGAGUUUUUUAGAAAAAUGAAAAGAAGCGGAGAAGCUCUAACAGCACUUACAAAGGUAGCUUAUUUCCUUUUCUCGUUGUUAGCAUGCAUGUUUCUGUUGAAAAGAAAGAUUAAUGAGGCUGUGGAAGCAGUCCGUGAUAUGGAACAAAGGGGAGUAAUUGGAACAACCAGUGUCUAUUAUGAACUAGCUUGCUGUCUUUGCAGAAAUGGAAGGUGGCACGAUGCUAUGAUAGAGGUGGACAAGAUUAAAAAACUCCCUACUAGGAAACCUUUGGAGAUAACCUUCACUGGUUUGAUAAUGGCAUCCCUAGAUGGUGGAUAUGUUGAUGAUUGCAUUUCCAUAUUCCAAUACAUGGAAGACCAUUGCGCACCCAAUAUCGGAACCAUAAAUGCAAUGCUUAGAGUGUAUGGUUAUGGUUGUUAG